CCUGCCCCUUUGUUUCAUACUAAUAACCACAACCAAUAACCACAAAAAAGGGUCCAUUCCCAUUUUUCCAUCAUAACCAAAGGCAAAAAAUAAAAAAGCAAAAGAUAAAGCAAAGAAUUGAAGAAGAAGAAGAAAGGAUCAAAGAAAAUGCCAAAUCAAAAGCAAGGAAGUGAACAGCUACAAGCACUGAUGCAAUCUGGACAAAUUACUGAGUCAAUGAGUUUUAAUGGAACAUUAAGUAAAGAAGAUGAAGAGAUGUCCAGGUCAGCACUUUCAACAUUCAAAGCUAAAGAAGAAGAAAUUGAGAAAAGGAAAAUGGAAGUUAGAGAAAGAGUUCAAGCUCAAUUGGGUCGGGUCGAAGAAGAAACCCGACGUUUAGCUAUUAUUCGUGAGGAACUAGAAGCAUUAGCUGAUCCAAUGAAGAAAGAUGUUCAAUCAGUUCGGAAGAGGAUUGAUGCUGUUAACAAAGAGUUAAAACCCCUUGGACAGACCUGCCAGAAGAAGGAAAGAGAGUACAAAGAAGCUCUUGAGGCCUUCAAUGAAAAACACAAGGAAAAAGUACAGCUAAUAUCAAGAUUGAUGGAGGUAAGUCUCCUGGUGGGCGAAAGCGAGAAAAUGCGGUUGAAGAAGUUGGAGGAGCUGAGCAAGAGCAUUGAAACAAUACGCUGAAUAACCAGUAAAAUGCUCCCUGACUAAUUAGGCUUGUGUGAUGUAUUUAAGAAAGUUCAUUUUUCUACUUAUAUAUGUGUGUGGUGUUUGGUUGUAUUUCCUUUUUUUCCUUUUCUUUUUCUGCUUUGUUGUCUGAUCAUUUUAGCUUUUGAGGGAUGAUCAGUGUCUAAUCUUAGGUGUUGUCUAAGGGAAAGACCCUCUAAUACAGGUUUGUAACUAAAAAGUCUCAGAAUGUGGAUUCUUUUACCUUUGUCUUCA